CCCACACGUAGAGCAGUCGGUAUUUCUUCGAUCCGUGCUUGCGCUUUUUUUUCUUUGUAAAGAUUUCGUUUCCCUCCCUUUUAACUGUUGUCGAGAAGUUUCGACAAGAGUGGUGUGAGUGUUGAAGAGCUCCUCAACAUGAUGGAUCCGGCCUUGCUUGACGACGUCAUACGCCGGCUGCUGGAGGUGAAGAAUAUCAAGCCUGGGAAGAACGCGCAGUUGUCGGAGUCGGAGAUCAAGCAGCUAUGCGCUGCCGCCAAGGAGAUCUUCCUGCACCAGCCCAACCUGCUGGAGCUCGAGGCGCCCAUCAAAAUCUGUGGUGAUGUCCAUGGCCAGUACUCUGAUCUCCUGAGGCUAUUCGAGUCUGGAACACCUAUCAAUUGAACAAGUCAGCUUUUUGUAGGCCAACCUCUUAUACCAUACAACAUAGCAG